GAACUCAUGAUCAUUCGCCAUCCGUUCCCGAUCUCCAAGAUCACCGACCUUCUCCAAGGACUCGAGCGGUUCGUGUUCGUGACGUCUCUCGACAUGAAUAUGGGGUACUACUCCAUUACGCUCAGCGACAGGUGCUCUCAGAUCUGCUCCUUCAUCCUGCCGUGGGGGAAAGUAUCGCUAUAA